UCAAUCAGUUCAAGCAGGUUUCAGAGUGAUUACAUUAAGCAGAUUCUACUAUAUAAAAAUUUAUAUAAUUAAAAUUAAUUAAUUUUUAAAGUUCUUAAACAGAAAUUUAUUCAAUUGAAAACUUAUUAUUUGCAGAUUGCUUCACAUCAGUCAAAAUAUGAAAUGAUCAGUAAGGAUGAAACAAACAGAAAUGCUGAUUCAAGUCAUGAAAGAUAUUUAAAAAUAAUAACAAAUCUAGAACAGUCUCUUUUAGAAAAAGAUAAACUUUUAAAAGAAACACAAAAGAAUGAAGAACAGCUUAAAAAAGAAAUUGACAUUUUAAAUAAAUCAAAAAGUUCCAGAUUAAUGUUUGACCCUUCGACAGUUGAUCAGUUAAUCAAUGAAGCCAGCGAAAGCGUUUGGAGACAAGAAGCUGAAUAUCGAGAACAGUUAAGGAAGAGCAUUGCCAAUGAUAUUGACAAAUUAGAAGAAAGACUAAAAAUAUCAUCUCUUUAGUUAUGAGAUAUAUCAUUUGUUAUUUCAUCAAUUUGUAAAUACAUAAUUUUAUUUGUUUAUAUCAUUUUGUCAAUUUUACUUAAAUCUGAGUAAAGAAAUCAUAUUGUGUUAUAUGUUAAAUACAUUUUCA